CCAACCGCCUGCUGGCCUGCGGCAGCGCCUCCCAGGGCAUCUGCCAGUUCCUGCGGCUGGACGACCUCUUCAAGCUGGGCGAGCCGCACCACCGCAAGGAGCACUACCUGUCGAGCGUGCGCGAGGCGGGCAGCAUGGCCGGCGUGCUCAUCGCCGGGCCGCCGGGCCAGGGCCAGGCCAAGCUCUUCGUGGGCACGCCCAUCGACGGCAAGUCCGAGUACUUCCCCACCCUGUCCAGCCGCCGCCUCAUGGCCAACGAGGAGGACGCCGACAUGUUCGGCUUCGUGUACCAGGAUGAGUUUGUGUCCUCGCAGCUCAAGAUCCCGUCGGACACGCUGUCCAAGUUCCCGGCCUUCGACAUCUACUACGUGUACAGCUUCCGCAGCGAGCAGUUCGUGUACUACCUCACGCUGCAGCUGGACACGCAGCUGACCUCGCCCGACGCGGCCGGCGAGCACUUCUUCACCUCCAAGAUCGUGCGGCUGUGCGUGGACGACCCCAAGUUCUACUCGUACGUGGAGUUCCCCAUCGGCUGCCAGCAGGCGGGCGUGGAGUACCGCCUGGUGCAGGACGCCUACCUGAGCCGGCCCGGCCGCGCGCUGGCCCGCCAGCUGGGCCUGGCCGAGGGCGAGGACGCGCUGUUCACCGUGUUCGCCCAGGGCCAGAAGAACCGCGUGAAGCCGCCCAAGGAGUCCGUGCUGUGCCUGUUCACGCUGAGGGCCAUCAAGGAGAAGAUCAAGGAGCGCAUCCAGUCCUGCUACCGCGGGGAGGGCAAGCUCUCGCUGCCCUGGCUGCUCAACAAGGAGCUGGGCUGCAUCAACUCGCCCCUGCAGAUUGACGACGACUUCUGCGGGCAGGACUUCAACCAGCCUCUGGGUGGCACGGUGACCAUCGAGGGCACGCCCCUGUACGUGGACAAGGACGACGGCCUGACCGCCGUGGCCGCCUACGACUACCGCGGCCGAACCGUGGUCUUCGCCGGCACGCGCAGCGGCCGCAUCCGCAAGAUCCUAGUGGACCUGGGGAGUCCCAGGAGCCGGCCGGCCCUGGCCUACGAGAGUGUGGUGGCCCAGGAGGGCAGUCCCAUCCUGCGUGACCUGGUCCUCAGCCCUGACCGCCGGUACCUCUACGCCAUGACAGAGAAGCAGGUGACACGGGUACCCGUGGAGAGCUGUGUGCAGUACCCGUCCUGCGAGCUGUGCCUGGGGUCUCGGGACCCCCACUGCGGCUGGUGUGUCCUGCAUAGCAUCUGCUCCCGGCAGGACGCGUGCGAGCGGGCGGACGAGCCCCAGCGCUUUGCCUCCAGCCUGCUGCAGUGCGUGCAGCUGACCGUGCAGCCGCGCAAUGUCUCGGCCACCAUGUCCCAGGUCCCGCUCGUGCUGCAGGCCUGGAAUGUGCCAGACCUCUCCGCCGGUGUCAACUGCUCCUUCGAGGACUUCACCGAGUCCGAGGGCACCCUGGAGGACGGCCGUGUCCACUGCCGCUCGCCCGCCGCCCGCGAUGUGGCGCCCAUCACACGGGGCCAGGGAGACCAGCGCGUGGUGAAGCUCUACCUGAAGUCCAAGGAGACGGGCAAGAAGUUCGCCUCCGUGGACUUUGUCUUCUACAACUGCAGCGUCCACCAGUCCUGCCUGUCCUGUGUCAAUGGUUCCUUCCCCUGCCACUGGUGCAAGUACCGCCAUGUGUGCACACACAACGCGGCCGACUGCGCCUUCCUGGAGGGCCGUGUCAACGUGUCUGAGGACUGCCCGCAGAUCCUGCCAUCCACCCAAAUCUACGUGCCGGUGGGCGUGGUGAAACCCAUCACCCUGGCCGCCCGCAACCUGCCUCAGCCACAGUCGGGACAGCGUGGCUACGAGUGCCUGUUCCACAUCCCAGGGAGCCCGGCCCGCGUCACCGCCCUGCGUUUUAACAGUUCCAGCCUGCAGUGCCAGAACUCCUCGUAUUCCUAUGAGGGCAACGACAUCAGCGACCUGCCUGUGAACCUGUCGGUGGUGUGGAAUGGCAACUUCGUGAUUGACAACCCCCAGAACAUCCAGGCCCACCUCUACAAGUGCCCUGCCCUGCGGGAGAGCUGUGGCCUCUGCCUCAAGGCUGACCCGCGCUUUGAGUGCGGCUGGUGCGUGGCUGAGCGCCGCUGCUCGCUGCGCCCUCACUGCCCUGCAGACUCGCCCACCUCCUGGAUGCAUGCCCGCCACGGUAGCAGCCGCUGCACCGACCCCAAGAUCCACAAGCUGUCCCCCGAGACCGGCCCGCGGCAGGGAGGCACGCGGCUCACCAUCACGGGCGAGAACCUGGGGCUGCGCUUCGAGGACGUGCGCCUGGGCGUGCGUGUGGGCAAGGUGCUGUGCAGCCCAGUGGAGAGCGAGUACAUCAGUGCUGAGCAGAUCGUCUGCGAGAUCGGGGACGCCAGCAGCGUGCGGGCCCACGAUGCCCUGGUGGAGGUGUGCGUGCGCGACUGCUCCACUCACUACCGCGCACUGUCACCCAAGCGCUUCACUUUUGUGACGCCGACCUUCUACCGCGUGAGCCCGGCCCGCGGGCCCCUGUCCGGGGGCACCUGGAUUGGCAUCGAGGGUAACCACCUGAACGCGGGUAGUGAUGUGGCCGUGUCCGUUGGCGGCCGGCCCUGCUCCUUCUCCUGGAGGAACUCUCGCGAGAUCCGGUGCCUGACGCCUCCAGGGCAGAGUCCUGGCAGCGCCCCCAUUAUUAUCAACAUCAACCGAGCCCAGCUCAGCAACCCUGAGGUGAAGUAUGACUACACCGAGGACCCCACCAUCCUCAAGAUCGACCCCGAGUGGAGCAUCAACAGUGGAGGGACCCUGCUCACGGUCACGGGUACCAACCUGGCCACAGUCCGAGAACCCCGCAUCCGAGCCAAGUACGGGGGCGUCGAGAGGGAGAACAGCUGCAUGGUCUACAACGACACCACCAUGGUGUGCCGCGCCCCAUCCGUGGACAACCCCUCGCGCAGCCCCCCUGAGCUGGGGGAGCGGCCUGACGAACUGGGCUUUGUGAUGGAUGACGUGCGAGCCCUGCUGGCACUCAACGCCACCUCCUUUGUCUACUACCCUGACCCCGUGCUGGAGCCGCUCAGCCCCACCGGCCUCCUGGAGUUGAAGCCCAGCUCGCCCCUCAUCCUCAAGGGCCGGAACCUGCUGCCCCCGGCACCCGGCAACUCUCGGCUAAACUACACGGUGCUCAUCGGCUCUACGCCCUGCGCGCUCACCGUGUCUGAGACGCAGCUGCUCUGUGAAUCGCCCAACCUCACCGGGCAGCACAAGGUCACGGUCCGGGCCGGCGGCUUCGAGUUCUCGCCGGGCAUGCUGCAGGUGUACUCGGACAGCCUGCUGACGCUGCCCGCCAUCGUGGGCAUCGGUGGGGGCGGCGGGCUCCUGCUGCUGGUCAUCGUCGCCGUGCUCAUCGCCUACAAGCGCAAGUCCCGCGACGCCGACCGCACGCUCAAGCGGCUGCAGCUGCAGAUGGACAACCUGGAGUCACGGGUGGCCCUCGAGUGCAAGGAAGCCUUUGCAGAGCUGCAGACUGACAUCCACGAGCUGACCAACGACCUGGACGGCGCCGGCAUCCCCUUCCUGGACUACCGCACCUAUGCCAUGCGGGUGCUCUUCCCCGGCAUUGAGGACCACCCCGUGCUCAAGGAGAUGGAGGCCCAGCCCCACGGAUGUCCUCUCCCACACCGGCCCGUGCUGGGUGUCCCACCGAGGUGCCAGCAGGCCCGUGUCCCCCGCCAGGUGCAGGCCAAUGUGGAGAAGUCACUGACGCUGUUCGGACAGCUGCUGACCAAGAAGCACUUCCUGCUGACCUUCAUCCGCACGCUGGAGGCCCAGCGCAGCUUCUCCAUGCGCGACCGCGGCAACGUGGCCUCGCUCAUCAUGACGGCCCUGCAGGGCGAGAUGGAGUACGCCACGGGCGUGCUCAAGCAGCUGCUGGCCGACCUCAUCGAAAAGAACCUGGAGAACAAGAACCACCCCAAGCUGCUGCUGCGGCGGACUGAGUCGGUGGCAGAGAAGAUGCUGACCAACUGGUUCACCUUCCUGCUGUAUAAGUUCCUCAAGGAAUGUGCGGGGGAGCCGCUCUUCAUGCUGUACUGCGCCAUCAAGCAGCAGAUGGAAAAGGGCCCCAUCGACGCCAUCACCGGCGAGGCUCGCUACUCGCUGAGCGAGGACAAGCUCAUCCGCCAGCAGAUCGACUACAAGACGCUGACCCUGAACUGCGUGAACCCCGAGAACGAAAAUGCACCCGAGGUGCCGGUGAAGGGGCUCAACUGUGACACGGUGACGCAGGUGAAGGAGAAGCUCCUGGAUGCCGUGUACAAGGGUGUGCCCUACUCACAGCGGCCCAAGGCUGGGGACAUGGACCUGGAGUGGCGCCAGGGCCGCAUGGCACGCAUCAUCCUGCAGGAUGAGGACGUCACCACCAAGAUCGACAACGACUGGAAGAGGCUGAACACGCUGGCUCACUACCAGGUGACAGACGGGUCCUCGGUGGCCCUGGUGCCCAAGCAGACGUCCGCCUACAACAUCUCCAACUCGUCCACCUUCACCAAGUCCCUCAGCAGAUACGAGAGCAUGCUGCGCACGGCCAGCAGCCCCGACAGCCUGCGCUCGCGCACGCCCAUGAUCACGCCCGACCUGGAGAGCGGCACCAAGCUGUGGCACCUGGUGAAGAACCACGACCACCUAGACCAGCGCGAGGGCGACCGGGGCAGCAAGAUGGUGUCCGAGAUCUACCUGACGCGGCUGCUGGCCACCAAGGGCACGCUGCAGAAGUUCGUGGAUGACCUGUUCGAGACCAUCUUUAGCACGGCACACCGCGGCUCGGCCCUGCCGCUGGCCAUCAAGUACAUGUUCGACUUCCUGGACGAGCAGGCCGACCAGCACCAGAUCCACGACGCUGACGUGCGGCACACCUGGAAGAGCAACUGCCUGCCCCUGCGCUUCUGGGUGAAUGUCAUCAAGAACCCGCAGUUCGUGUUUGACAUCCACAAGAGCAGCAUCACGGACGCCUGCCUGUCGGUGGUAGCGCAGACCUUCAUGGACUCCUGCUCCACGUCCGAGCACAAGCUGGGCAAGGACUCGCCCUCCAACAAGCUGCUCUAUGCCAAGGACAUCCCCAACUACAAGAGCUGGGUGGAGAGGUACUACGCCGACAUCGCCAAGAUGCCCGCCAUCAGUGACCAGGACAUGAGUGCGUACCUGGCCGAGCAGUCGCGGCUGCACCUGAGCCAGUUCAACAGCAUGAGCGCCCUGCACGAGAUCUACUCCUACAUCACCAAGUACAAGGACGAGAUCCUGACAGCCCUGGAGAAGGAUGAACAGGCGCGGCGGCAGCGGCUGCGGAGCAAGCUAGAGCAGGUGGUGGACACCAUGGCCCUGAGCAGCUGAGCCGCCGGGACCGCGCGGCAGGAUGCCAGCCAGAGGCCCUCAGGGGCGGCCUCCGACCACAGCCAGAGCCGGGGGUACUCGGCGCCCGUGUGCUCUGGGGCUCCCCACUGUUCUCCUACCAGGAGUGCCCGUUCUUACUGGUGUGGGUGAUGCCCACCCUCCCCACCCAGGCCACUUGCCACAGGGCUGGGGGGGGCCCAGGUGCAGCCGGAGGCCUUCCGAGCACAGGGUGACCACGGAGGGACUCGGGUGAUGCCCAAGCCCUCCAGGAGGCAGGCAGCCAGGGCCAGGAAGAGGCCGAGGAGGGGCUGCAGGCCCGGUGUCCUGGGCAGAGUCUGAGGACCAGGGGCCCCAGGGGAAGGCCCAGCACUCGGCCGAGGUCAGCUGGGUCACCUCGGGUCACCAGCCACACCGGCCCCCACACACUAGCUGCUGCACCACCACCACCAGCCUCAAGUGGCGCCCGUGUGCUCUCGUGGCCGAGGCCGGGGUCCCCUGGCCUCCCCCAGAGAGAGGCCCCGGCUCCCUCCUAUGGAGGGGCUGCAGGAUGCCCCGCUAGCAGCUCCCAAGUGACUUCUGGGAGGACAUGACUCCCCUUCUGUCCUCAGGGCUGUGACUCCCGGGGCUCCGAGGUGUGAGCGCAUGUUCCUGUUAUUUAUUUCCCCCAUGUGCCCACGCCCGCCCAAUGCCUACCUUCCGCCCUCCCCUCCCCCCUCCUCCUCUUCCGCCUGCCAGCCGCUUCCAGGCCAGGACCUCUUUAGUGUGCUGGCCCCAGGAGCAGGGGACACCUGGGGGUACAUUUCACCCCCUUCCCAACCUGACUGGAAGCGGGAGGCAGUGACCAGAGGGUCCAGGGCUCGACUCUGUCCUUUUUGCCCUCAGUGAGUGAGAGAGAACAAAUUUUUACUGAGAAGCCGUGUAGAUUCCUAUACAUAGAUAUGCACAUAUAUAUAUAUAUAUAUAUAUGUGUGUGUGUGUGUGUAUAUGUGUGUGUGUGUGUGUGUGUGUGGCUCUGCCUCGCCGCCAGCCCCAGUGGGGUCCUGUACAGUCCCGGAGCAGCACUUUCCAGAGACAGUGCAGUGCAAGGAGAGCUGGGCAGUGGGAAAGUGACACCGGAUGGCCAGGAAAAAGCGGCCAGUUUCCCGAGUGGGGCACCCCCGCCUCCACCCCUCCUCGCCCACACCCCCCUCGUCGUGCAGGGUCCUGAUUUUCCUCUGGUGCCGAGAAGAGGGGUCUCCUCCGGCCCCCCGAAAGCUUCCAGGCCCGGCCGCGUUCCUGCAUGACUGUGCUAGCGUUUAGUCUGACUUGAUCUUUUUAAAACUGCAAGUGUUGAGUACUAGAGGGUGGUAGGCCUUUUAUUAUGGCUCUUUUUCUUUCUCUCUUUUUUUUUUAAUCGCUCAGUCCUUUACGAAAGCAAUCGAGCAGCCCACUGCCCCCUUUUCCUGCUCCCCCUUUUUGAUGGUACUAGAAACUUCCCUGGACUUUAAGGGACAGCUAACUGUGGCCGCUCCCCAACCCCACCCCAAGCCCCUUGGCUACAGCCCAGGUCCCCUAAAUCAUGAGAGCCGGGAUAAAAGCCCAGUGCCUCGGGUUGGGGGGCUUCCCCACCUUCUCCCAAGGCAGGGGAGGAGUGGGAAGUCUGUGACCAAGGUUGAUCAGGGUCCCCCAGUCUGCACCCCAACACGCCGCAGGGGACGGCCUGCUGAAGAACAGCCCUGGGGGGCUCACUUCUAGGGCCAACUCGGGGGCGGGGGGGGCUGCAGCAGAGGCUGUUCUGAGAGGGUGCUUUCGGGGUCACCUUGCUUCAGCCCCAAACCCUGUCUGGGGUGCCACCCAUCUCCCUGACUCACCUGGCCGCACCCCCAUGUCUUCCUUGUAUGAAGGCUUGUAUUUGGAGCCCUGUUCUUCCAGUCGCCCUUAGUAGAAUCCACUUCCAACGCCCCUUCCUUAGAGCUGCUCAUCUGCGCGAGGAGUGGGGCCCCCUGGGCUCAUCCCAGCAGGCCGCAGGUUCCUGCAAGGACCUCCCAGGUGUGCGGGCACCGGUGAGGGUGAGGGAGCCCUGCCUGAGCCACACCCUGGGAUGGGGUGCACAGCCUCCGCAGAGCACUGCUGUGGGGUGCAGGCACUUUAAGUUAGCUGUUUACAUGCAAGCUGGGGGGCCCGUGCCAGGCCCUCUCUGCCCAGCCAGGGCUGGCCCCCAUGCCUUCCUCCCCCCCCCCCCCCCCCGCUAGUAGGCUCUGGCUUCUCCUCACCAGUUCUCAUGUCCUCCCAGCUCCAAAGCACCCCUGUCACCAGGUGUCCACCUGCGGGGGUUCUGCCCCCAUCACCGGCCUGCGGGAAGGGGGUACGUAGGGCCAGGCAAGAACCUUGUUCUGUGCAGGGUUCCUCUGCAGCCCCCAGCCCCCCCCCGUCUAGACACUGCUGCUACUGCCCUCCGUUUCUCAUGCCCCAGCCCGCCCCACCUCUGCGGAACGUCAGGGCUCUCACGCCCCGUUCUCCAUAUACCUCGAGCUUGGCCUACACUCCCGGGGCCGGGAGCCUGGAGGGCGUGGAAGAGGGCCCGGGGCACACUGAGGCAGAGCCUCCCCCCCCCACUCAUCUCUCCUGCCCCCCAGCUUGCUAAGAGCCUCCGUCCUAGCUUGUCCCCAGGCUCGGGACUUCAAUGGCUCACGUCGUUGGUGCUACACAAGCUAGAUUAGAUAUAUUUAGAGAGCGAGAGAGAGCGAGAGCUAUUUUUCAGACAAAGCCCACAAUUAGCUGUCCUUUAAUGCCGCCAAGCUGCCCCCCCCAGUAAAAAAGAGUCCCCCCCGGCCGUUGCUUCUCGCAGAAGCAGAGUGGCCACUGGGCACCUAGCCCACAAAAUGUAAAUAGACGGCGAUUUCCUAUUUUGCUGUUCUUCAGAUUUAGUACUUGUAAAUACACACACACGAAGAGAUUAAACAUUUUUGCUAAA